UUGGCGCUAGUGAAUCAACGUGUUGGCUACAUUGCGUUGCACUGAUGCUGCGCUUGCUGUGUGGAUUCAGCCUCCUCCAUCCUUGCUACAGCGGCGGUAGAAGCGUCCUACUUACUACCCAGAAACCGCACCUCACGGCAGGGACUCAGUGACGAAGCACCGCCCGCUUAAUAGCCGCCCCGCCCGGCGUAUGGACAGUCCGGCACAAUGACAGAGGAUUUGUGGGUGCCUCUGUCGUAUACCAACAACAACAGGUCGCAUGGAUAAUCCCACUUCAGCCCUGUCGUAUCAUCUCCUGUUUAGGAUGAUUAGAGCGCCGCUGCCGGCUUGAUGUGGCCGGAGAGCAGAGCGGGAGCGGGGCUUCUCGUCCUGGACAUCGACUGAGAGAUAAAACGGCGUGGAGCAGGUGUAGUGUGGCUGGAGGGCUUAGCAAGAUGGAAAUAGAUGCCCUUUUUCGCUACUAUUUCCAGCACCCGUGGUCCCGUCUCAUUGUGGCGUACCUCGUCACCUUUUUUAACUUCCUAAUUUUCGCCGAGGACCCCAUCUCUCACAGUCAGACAGAGGCCCAUAUGAUUGUGGUGGGGAACUGUUUCUCUUUCCUCUUCAACAAGUACCCAGGCCUCGGGUGGAACAUCCUGAAAGUAAUUGGCUGGAUACUGGCCAUUAUCACUGGCCUGUUAGCCGGGAAGUUUAUAUUUCACCGCCAGCUCUUUGGUCGAUACCUGCGUCUGAAAAUGUUCCGCGAGGAUCAUGGCUCCUGGAUGACCAUGUUCUUCAGCACCAUCCUCUUCCUCUUCAUCUUCUCACACAUCUACAACCUUUUCCUGCUGAUGGCUGGGAGCAUGAAGCCUCACAUGGUGACAGAAUACAUGGGCAUCAGGAAUGAGAGUUUUAUGAAGAUUGCUGCUGUGGGGACAUGGAUGGGAGAUUUUGUCACUGCCUGGAUGGUGACAGACAUGAUGCUCCAGGAUCAGCACUACCCAGACUGGGGCAAAGCUGCCAGAAGGUUCUGGAAACAAGGCAACAACAGGAUCGUCCUCUUCUGGACAGUACUCAUCUCUCUGACAUCAGUAGUGGUUCUGGUCAUCAGUACCGACUGGAUCAGCUGGGACAACCUGAACCGAGGCUUCCUGCCCAGUGAUGAGGUCUCCAGAGCCUUCCUAGCUUCCUUCAUCUUGGUCUUUGACCUUCUCAUUGUUAUGCAGGUAGAUCAGCCCCAUGGGAUGGUGGUGGCCUGCAAAUUGGUGAUCUACUGGGAUUUUCCCACAAUCAUCUCUAGGGUUUACAUGGAAUGUAAGUGGUUCAACUAUGGUAUCAUCUUCCUCGUGCUGAUUUUGGACCUUAACAUGUGGAAGAACCAGAUCUUCUAUAAGCCCUAUGAAUAUGGGCAGUAUGUUGGGCCUGGUGAGAAGAUCUUCACAGUGGAGGAGCCAGAAACCCUCAAGGACUUCAAUCACAGCACACUCACCUACGAGUGGCGCUCCACCAACGUUGACCCUAGGACCAACUUAACCUACGUGGAGCGGGACAUGUUCCUCCACAGCCGCUACAUUGGAGCCAGCUUGGAUGUGAAAUGCCUGGCCUUUAUUCCGAGCCUAGUGGCGUUCGUACUCUUUGGGUUUUUCAUCUGGCUGUUUGGUCGAUUUCAGGACAGCGAGACCUUCACAGAAAAUCCAGACAAGAGUUACGAGAGGAUAAAGAGGAAGUCGCCAUCCGAGUACAGCAAGGAGAUGGGCGCGACGCCAGAGGAGACACAUGUCACUAUGACCGAUAGCCUCAAACGAUCGGGAACGCCGAUGCUUCUGUCGGUGGAUGGGCCGCACUUUGGAGCGACACCCUCUACGAACUCUACGAUUUCCAUGGAAACCCAAGAGACACAUCCGAGCAUUGUGAUCGACAGCACGGAGCAGGAUGAACCGGCAGUCUCUUUCGAUGUUCACAAAUUCUCCCCGUGACUUGACGAACCUCUGAAACUUUGUACCUGCAGACAGGUUGGAACCAACAUGAUCAAUGGUAAACAACUCGAGCAUGUUUAUUCAGGACAGCACGAGAUGUCAGAGGAGGAUCUUUAACACAGUGCUUCAAGUGAAGGACAGAGUGUUAUUUACCUAGCCUAACCUUGAUGGCUGUUCCAGUCAUAUUAAUAUAUUUUUGUACCAAAAGCAUUUUAAAAGUCUUUAAAUGGCACCAAUUCUGAUACAUACCAGAUCCAUUGCAAAACCUCAACUGACCAGGUGCUACCUUGGAUUUUACAUUUUCCUAAUUCAAUUUUGUCAAGGUACACUAACAGGUGCCUGUAACAGAGAACUAUUUCUACAGAUGUGACCUUCAGUUAGUGGAGUUUUAUUGUUUCAAAACAGUGUUAUAACUACAGCAGUGCCUUGAUAUUUCACAUAUUCAGAUACGCAAAGCAUAUUCUAAACAGCCUGUGUGACCAUCCGGAUCUGCUUUACUAAUGUCUGACAUACUGUAUGCUCUUAUCAUAUCGACAUCAUGUUACCUCAUUUGAUCCUGAAACUUUAUCAUUUUAAUUUAUUCUCAUGCGAUGUCACUCUUACUACAUUUUAAUUGUGUUUAUGACCAUCGGUGUACGGUGACGACCUCCUCAUUUACCCUCACUUGAUUUUAGUUGCAAAGAUAAUAAAUGCAAUCAGCAGAGAUCAAAUAGCUAAACACCAAGCCACCUCAUGAUUGCUUAUGCGGCUGCUGCACCUUUACUGAAUACCAACAGAGGGAGAAAAGGUGGUUUUUGCCCUUGGCAUAAACAUAAAUGUAAACCAUUGAAGUGCAGCGGUGACUUCUCCAAAGCUCAGGGCUUCUUUAUGUAAAGCUAAUGGUUGUAAAAGCAGAUUUUCUUUCCUGUUUUAUUGCAUGAAAGAAAAGGUGCAUUAUCCUACUGUAAAAGAAACCCUCAUUUCAAACAUAACUAAAAGCUGCAGCAUUUUAGCUUAAACUGGCUUUAAUGUGUAAAAGUGUUUGUACACCUAAGUUUGGGGGGUGUUUGGUCCAAAAACAUGUUCUUUUUUGUUUUUUUAUACAAUAAAAUACCCAUCUAAAUUAAGUUUGUUGUUAAUUAUAUAAUGAACUUGCUCAUGCUUUUGACCAAAGAUGCUCAAUCAUGCAGUAUUUUGAACAUAUUUGCAAGAAAAUGUGAUGAUUUGAGACAAAGACAUGUACGCACCGAGACAACGCAAGAUAGCAUGUGCUCUUGUUGUACUCUGCAUUGGUAUAUAAUGCACAAUAUUACACUGUGGCUGCAGAAAUAAGAAACUAUGACAUAUAUCUAUAUGAUAUUUCUCAAAUAGUCUGCUUUGUUUGCCAAUGAAAGGCACAGCAGUCAUCAUGUAACAGAAUAUGACCAGAUUUCUUACAUUUUGUAAACUAUUAUCUACAGUACAAAUUAAUAUAAUUACAUUCACAUUAAUGGAUUAUCGUUUAAUUUUUUUUAUCUUUAAUUUUUGAAAUGACAAAAACAAUUAAAAUGUCUUUUAUUUAAGGUUGAGGUCCUGUUCUGGUAGAACAUUACACAGUGGAGUUUCCUGCAUUUGUGUUUUUGUGUGUGUGAACUGGAAGCAGAGCGAGAGAGAGAUGUCCACUUGUGUCUGUACAUGAUGUUUUAUACUUAACAGUCCGUGUGUGUGUGUGUGUGUGUGUGCAGACACAUGUGAAGUGUGUAGGUGUUUGCUGCUACACUUCUUUUCAACAAAGGCCAUUCUGUGAAGAGGUCAAUUUAUUCAGCAUAAUUGGUUUGCAGCUUUUGGUUUAGUAAUUAUCCUUUUAUACAUUAAAGCUCUGUGAAGACAUUAGAUAUUAGUGUUUUACCAAAGGGCAGAACCUCUUUGGACAUGAAGGGGCUCUAAUAUGUUUGGAAUGCAGCUGUAAUUGUUUGGGUUAAAAGUGAGGCCUUUGUCUUGUUCGGACUGUUUUCAUUGUGUUGUGCUGCAUAACUGACAAUUCCUACAAGUUCCUCUCUGUUUUUUGAAGCAAAGGGGAUUGUUUUGUGUUUCCACAGUGUACUGUACUACUGUUGAACCUUGUGCUACCA